AUGUGGGAACGUGGCGGCGGGCGCAACACUCGUGGCGGACGUGGUGGAAGAGGUAGCAGAGGUGGAGAUCGUGGUCGCGGUCGUGGUGGUGGUAGGCCUACCCAAGGCAGGCGCGACGGAAACUUACACUCAUUGAAACCUGCCAGAGUCGAAGAGACGGAGGAGCAGAGAGAGGCACGAAGGUCUUACAGCUCAUGGAAACGUCGCCUUGGUGAGGCAGAAAUCGAUCCAACGACCAUGCGACGUCUCUGGGAAGGCGCCUUCGAUAUACUUGAAGCUGGAGACCGAGACUGGUGCCAACAACUCCCGCAAGAUCUCAACGACGAUUCGGACGAUGAGAGUGGGCAUCGUCAUAUCCUCGCCAUUCUAAACUCGAAGGUCAUCGGCACAAACUACGACACGUUCCUCAGUAACGCCCACCAUUUUCUUUUGACGCUUACGCAUUCCUCGCUCCUUCGAUGUCUCGCGGUCGAUACGCACGUUGGUUCCAUCUAUAACCUCUUUGGUGGUGUCGGUGGGCGGACUGCAGUCUCAUAUCUCCAGCGGGUUUGUAGGGCUCUACUAGCAGCUCGAACAGCUUCUUCGGCAUCUACCAAGGACCACGAAACAACAAUUUUCGCAAUGUCGAUGGCUCUAUACGAGCUAUUGAGACGUGAGCGUAGGGCACGGUUCCACGACGAGAUCACACCAUUGGUGAACUCUAUCCAGGCUGUAAGCGACUUCUACAAGGAUUUGGCAUCGCUAGAUACCUCGGGCUCAACACGAACAACCCAUCGUCUCGAUGAUAUUCGAGCCCUGGUAGCUAGAGCUCGCGGACUCCUUGCUGACACUGCGGGUGAGAACGAAAUUGAAGACGACGACGAUGGUGGUGGUAACGCGUCUUUCUACCCAAGAGACCUUGUAGUCCCCUCGGAUCGUUUUGACAAUGACAAAAAGGAUAUUGGCGACAUGGUGGUCUUCCCUACACGGGACGAGAUCAUGAGCGAUAACAAGGAGUUCCUGCCUUAUACCGACCCCGACCAGCCACAUUUCCUUGAGGAUCGUGUGCAACGCCACAUCGAUACCUACUUCCGUCUACUGCGCCACGAUAUCUUCGGUGAGCUGAAGGGGUUAUUGGCUGGAAUCAUGCAUGCUGUAUCGCAAGACGCCAACACGUUGCUUCACCCCAAUCUCAAUCUAGGGGAUAUGCGCGCCAACCAGUACACCAGCGCUCGUGUUAGCUACGUCACGCUCGAUAAGCGAAGGGGCUUGCAAAUCCAGAUGGAAUUCCUGCAACCUGCGAUAAUCUGCAAGAAGAGUGCUAGCAAGAAGGUGAAGUGGUGGGAGGAGUCAAGACGAUUCGAUGACGGGUCGCUUUUGUCUUUCAUAUGGAUUCAAGACACUGUCGUACAACAUGUCUUCCUCACUGUAUCCAAUAAGACUACUGAUCCGACACAGAAGUAUAGCUUGACGCACCACAACCAGAUGGCCUACAUCACCGCAAGCCUGAUCACUCAAGAUCGAACAACAGUCAAGAUGCUCAUGCAGGCCAACAUCGGAGCGACUCGCGGCAUUCUACUAGAGUUUCCGAAGGUCAUGCCGGCGACCUUUUCACCAACAUUGGAGAGUUUGCAGGCGAUGCAGCGACUGAAUUGUCUACCAUUUCGGCAGUGGAUCGUUCCGGACAAACACAGUGGCCGUCCAUCAGCUGGUAGGAUGCACAAAAUUCCGCCGCCUCUGUACGCGCGUGCGCCUGGCUUCAAGUUCCCUGUCACCGCUCUCCUGAAAGAUGGGAACAAAGGAGACUCGUUUUCUAUCAAACCGACAUCGUCGUGUGAUGACCAGAUAUUGCUUGAUAAGCUGGAAGCCAAGACGCAACUUGAUCGUGGACAGUGUCGCGCGCUAAUUGCUGCGCUAACCCGAGAGUUUGCCUUCAUUCAAGGGCCACCAGGGACAGGAAAGAGCUUUUUGGGUCUCCAGAUCAUGCGGAUACUGCUAGAAAUCAAGAAGAAACGCGACCUCGGGCCUAUUCUCAUCGUUUGCUAUACCAACCACGCCUUGGAUCAGUUUCUCGAACACCUAAUCGACAUCGGCGUCCACAAGCUCAUUCGGGUCGGCGGCAUGAGCAAGUCCAAGAAGCUUGUCAACCAUAAUCUACGCACCAUCGGCGAGUCGGAGACGAAGACCAAGUCUGAAAAGUACAUGGCGGCGAUGAACUAUAAGGAUCUGGAUCAGAAUGAGAUGGAGGCCGAGAUGCUCUUUGGUGGUCUCCAUGGCUUAUCAAAGCGUCCGGAUUGGCAUAAGCUCAAAGGUCACAUGCACGAGGAGUAUCCGAAGAUCUAUAAUCAGUUCCGACCUGUCGAUGAUGAAGGCUUCAAAACGGCUGGCCGUCAUCCAUUCGAUAUUUGGAUGGCAGGUACCGAGGUAUAUCAGUAUGGUCCAUCCCCGUCUCCAGGCGCGUUACGGCAAAUCAUUCGCCAGGCGACUACAGACGUAUUCUCUUUAAAAACUGUUGAGAGAAGCGCGCUCGUCGCCUCCUGGGUGGCUGAAGCCCAGGGAAACAAGGUCAGUGAGCUUUACGAGAUUGUGAACGGCGUCGCCAAGACCCAACGCCAACUGAACAACAUCCAUGAGGAGCUGAAUCGGCGACUACUGGAGGGAGCGGAUGUGAUCGGUGUCACCACGUCAGGCUUGGCAAAGCGUAUCUCGGUCCUCCAGCAGGUGAGGUGUAAAGUCAUCAUCUGUGAGGAGGCUGGAGAGGUCAUGGAGAGCCACAUGAUCUCGACAAUGCUUCCCGAUGUUGAGCAUCUAAUCCAGAUUGGUGAUCAUGAGCAGCUUCGUCCCUCAGUCAGCAACUUCCGUGACUUGUCGCUCGAGAGCGAGCGAGGAAAGCUCCAUGCACUGGAUCGGAGUCAGUUCGAGCGACUCUCGAUCGGCGAACCCGGGCGGCCUCUGAUGCCCGUUGCUCAACUGAAUGUACAACGUCGAAUGCGCCCGCAGAUCUCUUCACUGAUUCGCGAAACUAUCUACGAUAAGCUAGAGGACCACCCAUCUACCAUCGAGCUGCCUGAUGUUGUUGGUAUGCGCCGCAACGUCUUCUGGCUUGACCACAACAACUUAGAAAACGAGAAGGAUGCAGAUACGCACGAUACAAAGUCAAAGUCCAACUUGUGGGAAGUCAAGAUGGUGCAUGCUUUGGUCCGACACAUCGUUCGGCAGGGUGUAUACAAGCCUGAUGAUAUCGCAGUCUUGACCCCUUACACUGGCCAGCUUCAGAAGCUCCGCGCCAUGAUGAGUAGCGACUUUGAGAUCUGCCUCAGUGAUCGCGAUCGAGAAGCACUUGAGAGGGACGGUUUCGCAGUAGUAGACGACGAUACAUCGAAGACCGCAUUAUCCGCCCACGAGAGUUACCAAGGCAAGCCGCUAGAAAAGAAGCAAUUGUCCGAACUACUGAGAGUCGCAACCGUCGACAACUUCCAAGGAGAAGAGGCGAAGAUCAUCAUUGUCUCUCUCGUGCGAAGCAACGAUAGACAGAAUGUGGGCUUUCUCAAGACUACUAAUCGAAUCAACGUCUUGCUGAGUCGUGCUCAACAUGGCAUGUAUCUCAUAGGCAAUGCAGAUACCUACUCUAGCGUCGACAUGUGGCAGAAGGUCAUCGGAAUGCUACGUGCCACUGAAUCAAUUGGUAAGGGUUUAGCCUUGCGGUGCCCUCGCCACCCCGAUACUGACGCCGAAGGCUUGAUAGUGCGGCAGCCGGACGACUUCCACAAGCUGAGCCCUGAGGGUGGCUGUAGGGAAGCAUGCGCUGAUCGCCUCGACUGCGGCCACCAGUGUGGGGCCCGAUGUCACUCUGAAGCCAUGCACGCGGUCUUCCUUUGCGAGCAGCUAUGUCAACGCCGGCAUCAGCCAUGUGAUCAUGCUUGCCAGAAGGCUACAUGUGGAGAACCCUGUGGGAAGUGCAUGAUCUUGAUGGACCACGUACAGCUUCCAUGUGGUCAUGUCAAGCACGCCGUCGCCUGUCAUCUCACCCAGAAACCUACCAGCAUACCCUGCGACGUCAAGGUCUCGAAGCGUGUACCAGGCUGCAAUCAUGAUGUGGUCUUGAAGUGCUCGGUAGAUGUCUCCAAGAAAGACUUCAAGUGCCCUACACCGUGCCCUACACCUCUAUCGUGUAGUCAUCCAUGUCUCGGGACCUGCGCUCAGUGCAACACUAAGGAUAUGUACGAUCAACCGGUGGUGAAGCACGCUGCCUGCAGGAAGACUUGUGGAAGAAAGCAUGGGACCUGCAAUCAUGAUUGCAUUCGCCGAUGUCAUGAUGGUACGGAUUGUGGUCUAUGUCAAGCGCCUUGCGAAGUACGUUGUAAACAUACCAAGUGUCCACAGAGGUGCCACGAACCCUGUGCUCCGUGCGUUGAGUCUUGCACAUGGUCCUGCGAGCACCAAGGCGAUUGCAAGAUGCCUUGCUCAGCUCCAUGCAGCCGCUUACCAUGCGACGAGCGAUGCACCAAGCUUCUCCCAUGCGGUCACCAAUGUCCGAGCAUCUGCGGUGAAGCAUGCCCAGUCGAUUGCUGUCAAGAGUGUGGCACGAAGUCAGACGAGCAGCCAGACAUGAUCAUGAUGUCUCGCUAUGCUGAUGUGGACCUGAAUGAAUCGCCUAUCGUCGUUCUCGGUUGCGGUCAUUUCUUCACCACUGAAACUUUGGACGGACUGGUCAGCCUCAAAGACGUGUAUAGUGUCGAUGCGAAGACAGGCGCCUUUACCGGACUGAUUGAGGACGCCGAGCUUUCCGCAUCAAUUCCCCAAUGCCCGAACUGUCGAGAGCCCAUCAAGCAGUACGUUAGCCAACGAUAUAACCGGCUUAUCAAUAGAGCUGUCAUCGAUGAGAUGUCCAAGCGCUUCAUUGUCAACGGUCAACAAGACUUGCAGCAACUAGAAGAUCAGCUCAUGGAAAUCAGGAAGGAGCUUGAAACGUCGCGCAUGUCGGUGGUUCCGGAUGAGCCAGUCAGGCUCCGCGGUGAGGAAGCUCACGAGUUCACCAUGCAGUCCAUCAACGACGAGAUCAUGAACCGUGCACAGGACACUGCUAAGCUACUGUACGCAAUUAAGGCCUUUCAGCGUAGGAUGGAUAUUCGACAUCAACCAACGUACAAGCUGCACCAGGCGACUGUGCAUAGUAUGGCCCGAAGUGAAGCACUUGAUAUUGAGCUCGCAAGGUUAACAAUCGACUCUUCCCAAAAGUCUGCCAACCGCGAUCGCGAUCAACGCAUCACCCUCGGCGGUGGCCUGCUCGAAAUCAAGUUGCGCUGUCUAGUCCUUGAGGAGAACUUCGAGGUUAUGCGUACUGUGAACCAGAAGCAUUUCCAGAGUACCUUACCUCUAAGCUUUCCAGGCGGAUCGCCGUUGGCAAAGACGGACCAGUUCCUCAAAGACACGAAGAGACGCAUUGAUGACUGCACACGUGAGAGUUUGCCUAAAAUUGCGGUUGAGGCAAUUCUGCACUAUGCCCGGAUUGCCCAGUUCUUCGGUAGUGCCCAGUCUAGUCAGAACAACCAUCGCGCGAAGGCUACAGACUACCGCAACACCGCUAAGGAUCUCUUAACAAAGGCGGACAAGCUUUGUGAGAGUUCCUUCGGUGGGCGGGAUAGCUUGCGACAAGCUGUCGUCGCUGCAUCGAAGAUGCUCAGCAAGGAGUUCUACGAGGCAGUAUCCAAGGAAGAACUGGAGUCUAUCAAGAAAGCCAUGGUCAGCGGACGUGGCGGUAUCGCGACUCACUCUGGGCAUUGGUACAAGUGUGUGAACGGCCAUCCAUUCGCCAUUGGAGAGUGCGGCAUGCCCAUGCAGCAAGCGCGCUGUCCGGAAUGCGGUCAGCCGGUCGGUGGCCAGAAUCAUACCGCCGUCGCUGGAGUAUCACGCGCAAGGGAGAUGGAGGAUUGA